UUCUUUAUCUAUGGCCCACAUGAUUCUAACCCUUUAUUUUAAUGUCAACUUUAAAUAAUUUGUUGCAUAGGUUUGUUGUUAAUUAUUUGUUGAUAUUGAACUGGUAUCAAAUUAUUUAUUAACGAUUCACAAUUUUAAUCAAAAUGUUGCGUAGGGUUCCAACAGCUAUUGAACCUAAAUUAGAUGAUAUUACAGAAUAUGAACAACAUAUCAGAAAGAUACGACAAGAGAAGUUACAAAAAAGUCUUGCCUCAGACUUACCUUCCUUCCAAACUGGUCCUAAAAGUAAACAGGAAGUAUACAACCGAAUUGGAUACAAUCCACCUCACGCUUCUGUUUAAUUUUUAUUUAUAUUAAUUACUCAUAAAAUACCAUAUGCUCGAAAAAAAACGGCGUCCAGUUGGCUGGGAAAUGAUGAUCGAUGACAUUUCUCUUAUAAAAUGACAGUUAUCUUCAUUUCAUAGCCAUCGCUGACGCCGUUUUUUUUUUCGAUUAUACGGUACCUAUAUAAUAUUGGUUUUUAUGAAAAGCAUCUUACUGUGUUUAUAAGCAUUAUAAGGAUUAUUUUUUAAUAUAAGUAUAUUUCAAUAUUUAUUCUUUAAGACAUAAAUAUAUAUGUGGGGUGAAUUAGCCGGUGGUCGGAUCGUUUAAAAAAGUUGACUUUAAAUCGUUGAUUAAAUUUUCUUUAUUGAUGGCAUGGAAAUGAAAUUUUAUGAAAUAGAUAGUGUGGUUAUUGGGCUUUAUGUUAAAUAUAACAGUUUUUUUUGUAAACCUACCAAUGAUUUUAAUUGUAUUUUUAAGUGGUAAAAGUGCUGUUUUGUCAGUAAUCAGACAGCGCUUGGCAGUGUCUGGCCGGGUAGUUACCAGAAGUCGGACACUUUAUGAUUGGCUGAUUCUGCACAGUCCCAUAUUUAAUAUAUGUAUAAUUUUAAAGCAAAUUUAUCUUGAACAUUAUAUACCGUAUUUUCCAAAAUCUCAUAAAAAAUCAGUCUGAACCCUGCAAUAUGACGUCGAAAAGAGGCUACUGUCCGACCUCUCAAAAAAUAUAUUUAAUUUAGCAUUGACCAGUGGUCGGACAACUUUUAUUUCCUUUGAUCUGCGUUUGUGUUGAAUUUUUGCUGUCCGACCACUAAACACUACCAAAAACUCACGUUUCAUUAGAUUUCAAACGAAAAAGACAGUAGAUAUUACAUAUCAAUUAUCAAGAAAAAAGACUAAAACAAAAGAGUUAUUUUUCCAGUUCCAACAAAAUUAUAUAUGAGUUUAUCGGACACAUAAAUUAACAUUAAAUAUUAAAAAGUAUCCUAUUUUGUUAUUUAAAAUAAAAGUUUAGACUAUUCUAUACAGGGUGCUACACAUUCGGGGUACGAGCAUUGGUAUCUCGAUAACCGUAAUAGA